AUGGCCAAACCAUUGGUGCUUCAAUUGGGCGGUCCCAUCCGCUACAACCUCCAACAGUACUCGCAGUUCCUGCAAACUUUCGACAUCGUCGAGGUCAAGGAUCUCGCCCGGCCCCAGUUCAAACAAGCCCUUUCCAAUGGCACUUUCGGUCAAUUCUAUGCUGUUUACCGGCCGUUCUGGAAUGACGGGUUCCAGAUGGGCCAGUGGGACAAAGAAUUGAUCGAUCUCUUACCGUCGUCAUGCAAAAUCAUCGCCAUGGCCGGGGCGGGGUUCGACUGGAUCGAUAUUGAUUAUUUGAGCUCCAAAGGCAUUGUCUAUUGCAAUGGUGGUUGGGGCCCCACCGAAGCAGUGGGGGAUAAUGCCAUCUGGCAUAUCUUAUCGACCUUCAGAAACUUUUGCUGGAGUUUCAAAGCAGCAGCGUCGUGCGACAAACAACAGUUUCUUGACGCCCAUACCAACUGCGUGCUCACGGCGUUUAAUCCCAUGGGCCAUACUUUGGGGAUCAUUGGCAUGGGGAAAAUCGGGUACAGGAUCGCCGAGAAGGCCAACAAAGGUUUAGCAAUGAAAAUUGCUUAUUAUGAUCUAUUCCAACGGCCUCGGGAACAAGAACGUGCCAUUGAGGCAACGUACUAUAAGAAUCUCGAGGAAUUGCUCGCGGUGUCAGAUUGUGUGGUAUUGGCCACCCCAGCAUUCGCCGAUAAGUUCAUGAAUCGCCAAGUAUUUUCGAAAUUCAAAAAAGGUGCGCGGUUCGUCAACAUUGCUCGAGGUAAGCUUGUCGAUACCGACGCCCUUGUCGAUGCCAUCAACAGUGGGCAUAUUUAUGCCGCAGGCUUGGACGUGUUUUACGAUGAACCCCAAGUUCCCAAGCAAUUGGCCGAGUUGAAAACGGUAUCAUUGACUUGUCAUAACGCUGGAGGCUCGAUUAGUACCUGGAUAUUCUUUGAAAAAUCGGGGAUGGACAAUAUUUCGAGUUUUUAUCGGCAUGGUAAGGCGGUCUCCCCGGUGAACUUGGGGUUGCUUAAUAAAUCGAAAUUGUGA